AUGGAGCUUACAAUGGACAAUAUUGGGAAUAUCCACGGCGUGACCCAAGCCAGCGACCUGAUGAAUAGUUCUCACAAUCGCCAGGCUUCUCACCGGAGUCUCUCAUCCCACGGCCGACCUGCCAUGGUGUCCAGCAUGGCUUCGAUCCUGGAAGGAGGCGAGUACCGUCCGGAUCACAGCUUGUCUGCUCCUCUGCACCCGGCCAUGAGCAUGUCCUGCGACAGUCCACCUGGCAUGAGCCUCAGCAGCACUUACACUACGCUGACCCCCCUCCAGCACCUGCCGCCCAUCUCGACGGUGUCUGACAAAUUUCACCAUCCCCACCACCACCACCACCAUCACCACCCGCACCAGAGGCUCGCCGGCAACGUGAGCGGCAGCUUCACCCUCAUGAGAGACGAGAGGGGCUUACCGUCCAUGGGGAAUCUCUACAGCCCCUACCACAAGGACAUGGCGACCAUGGGGCAACCGCUGUCCCCUCUCUCCAAUGGACUGGGAACAUUGCACAACUCACAACAGUCCCUGACCCCUUAUGGUGGACACAUAGCCAACGAGAAGAUGCUCUCUCCAAAUGGCUUUGACUCCCACGCCGCUAUGCUCUCUAGAGGGGACGAACAUCUAACCAGGGGUCUGGCUGCUCCAGGGGCUGGGAUGAUGGCCCACCUCAACGGAAUGCACCACCACAGUCAUCACCACGGACAAACCAACGGCUCCAUGCUCUCUUCCGAGCGCGACCGCCAGGCAUCCGUGUCCGGAUCACAAGGCAACACCUCCAACCAAGUGGAGGAGAUCAACACCAAGGAGGUGGCUCAGCGGAUCACCGCCGAGCUCAAACGCUACAGCAUCCCGCAGGCCAUUUUUGCACAGCGUAUUCUGUGCCGGUCGCAGGGCACUCUUUCGGACCUGCUGAGGAAUCCCAAACCCUGGAGUAAGCUCAAAUCCGGGAGGGAGACCUUCAGGAGGAUGUGGAAGUGGCUUCAGGAACCCGAGUUCCAAAGAAUGUCUGCUCUGAGGCUUGCAGCUUGCAAGCGUAAAGAGCAAGAGCAAAACCGAGACCGAGCCACCACCCCCAAAAAACAGAGGCUUGUCUUCACCGACCUCCAGCGCCGCACCCUGAUCGCUAUAUUCAAAGAGAACAAACGACCGUCCAAAGAAAUGCAGAUCACCAUUUCUCAGCAGCUGGGGCUCGAGCUCAACACGGUCAGUAACUUCUUCAUGAAUGCCCGCAGACGCAGCAUGGACAGAUGGAUGGAUGAACCAUCCGGCGCCAACCUGCCUCCAGCUUCAGCGGCAAGCACUUUUACCAAAGCGUGA